AUGGACUUUUCUGCAACAGUGAUCCUGGCAGGGCUAAUCUUAUCUCUGCUCUGGUUGUUUAUCUUCAAAAGCAGUAGGAAGUAUUGUUUGCCUCCAGGACCCCUUGCGCUGCCUCUCAUAGGAAACCUGCCACAACUUGACAAAAAAGCACCUUUUAAAAGCUUUCUCAAGUUUAGUAAAACUUACGGUACUGUGAUGACAUUGUACCUGGGCUGGCAGCGGUUGGUCGUACUGGUAGGUUAUGAUGCCGUGAAGGAGGCUCUGGUAGAUCAGGCAGAUGACUUCACAGCCAGAGGGCCACUUCCAUUUCUGAUCAAAGCUACAAGGGGCUACGGUGUGGCGAUCAGUAAUGGGGAACGCUGGCGCCAGCUUCGACGUUUUACGCUGACAACCUUAAGAGACUUUGGGAUGGGACGCAAGGGGAUGGAAGAGUGGAUCCAAGAGGAGAGCCAGCACUUGAGGGCCCGCAUAGAUACAUUCAAAGCCGCGCCAUUUGAGCCCACGUUCUUGUUGAGUCUCAGCACGUCCAAUGUGAUCUGCUGCCUGGUGUUUGGCCAACGCUUCAGUUAUGAGGACAAGAAGUUCCUGUCCCUUCUGCAGAUAAUCUCAGAAACCCUUAAAUUUGGCAGUAGUCCCUGGGGUCAGAUGUACAACAUCUUUCCCCGGCUCAUGGAGCAUCUGCCCGGCCACCACCACUUUGCUUUCAGCCAAAUUGAGAAGUUGAGAGAUUUUAUCAACAUGAAGAUCCAAGAGCAUAAAGACACACUGGACCCCAGCUCCCCGAGGGACUUCAUUGACUGCUUUCUCAUCCGAAUGAAUCAGGAAAAGGACAUUACCACGACAGAGUUCAACCAGGAAAACUUGAUCUCGACGGUGUUGAAUCUCUUCCUGGCAGGAACGGAAACCACCAGCUCCACCAUUAGAUAUGCCCUCAGUGUGCUGAUCAAAUACCCAAAAAUACAGGAGAAAAUGCAGCAGGAGAUUGACACCGUGAUUGGACAAGGUCGUAGUCCCACCAUGGAGAACAGGAAGUCCCUCCCUUUCACUGAUGCAGUCAUCCAUGAAGUGCAGCGCUUUCUGGACAUUGUCCCCUUCAGCCUCCCUCACUAUGCACUCCAUGACAUCUCUUUCAGGGGUUACACAAUUCCCAAGGACACUGUGAUUAUUCCCUUGUUGCACUCUGUGCUGAGAGAGGAAAAGCAAUGGGCGACUCCCUGGACCUUCAACCCCAAGCACUUCCUGGACCAGAAUGACAAGUUUAAGAAAAAUCCUGCUUUCAUGCCGUUUUCUGCAGGGAAGAGAGCCUGUGUUGGCGAGUCUCUGGCUCGUAUGGAGCUUUUCAUCUUCCUCGUGUCACUGCUGCAAAAUUUUACUUUUUCCUGCACUGAAGGUCCCGAUAGUAUCAACCUCCUUCCAGAGUUCAGCAGCUUCGCCAAUCUGCCUCGCGCUUACCAGAUCAUUGGCACCCCGCGGUGAGAACAGAAGGUCCAUUCAGACUCAGUCCAGCAUCGCUUGAAGCACGAGUAUACAACAUACAUUGCUUUAUUGGGACCCCGCAAUGUUAUUUGUACAGAUGAUGUUUGCCGUUACCUGGCUGAUAUAGCAGACAAACAGAUUUAAGGAACAGCUUCUCUCCAAGGAUAAUUAUGCAUCCUCUUGUCUUCUGCUUUGGUUGUCUUAUGUUUUUCUUUUUGUAUAUCUUUUAAAUCAAUUCUUGGUUCCUGUGUUAAUU